AUGGCAGCACGAAUGAAUUCAUCUGAUGAUUUAUCAAGUUACCACCCGCUGACCGGCGCGUCUCUAUCUCCUGAUCCUCUCAACAUGACACCUUCUUCACAGCUGGAAUUCCAGUUCCAACCCAACGACCCGAUCACAACAUUCUCGUCUUCCCAAAUAGGGUCAGGACUGGACAGCGCAGGUGCCUUCACCCAGGGAAUAAGCAUGAACUCGGCCGGGGGCUAUUCCCCAGGGGAGUCCGCGCACCCACCACACUACAUCUUGUCACCUAUCGACGAACAACCAACUUCCUCCGUACCGAUGUUUACAGAUGUUGCCUGGCGCCCUGAUGAAUUAUUGGAGCAGCAAUAUCAACAGCCAUUUACGCCUGUAACGGCUCAGAUCUCGACCGAAGCGUCGCAAGGAGUGUUGCAUUUUCUCCGACCUGGCCAAAUAGCGCUCUCGAGAAGGCAAAGCGCCCCAGCCUGCUCUUUACCCCUAAUGCCAGGAGAAAACCCGCCUUUUCGUCUUGACGGACCACCGCCUCUACUACCGUCACAUCUGUCAGUGGCUGUGACGUCGCCACCGCCUGAUAGCCCUGACUACACCGGCCAUCCGUCGUUGAGUCUGGCAAUGGAGCCACAGAUGACGUUCCAGCGUGUCGGCGUUAAACGGAAGGGGGUGAUGCAGAUCGCUGAGAGUAAUAUCGUACGGCAUAACACUUGCUUCACCAGUCGUCCGGAAACCCAAAGCUAUGGCGGUGCGGGAGGAUGGUUGAGCAUAAACUAUCCCAACCCUGGGUUCGGUAUGUGA